AUGUCUGACUCCCUAUACAAGGCGUCCCUUCUUGACCUGUUGCUCGAAGUCGACCCCCAUCCUCACAACGCUGAUCCAUCCAUUCAUCCCGUCACCAAGCAGCGACUGAUUCCCUUCCACCUGGUCCAGGCAGACUAUCACCUCUCUCCACCCAUCAAGCCGAUGGGCCGGAUCAACCCCGACGUCUUGCUCGAGAUGAUUGCCUUCGAAGCCAAUCGCCACUUUCCCGUCUUCACCUUCUUUCCCCGCCUCUCCGCCAAGGAAGUGGUACCUCAGGCGGUGCGAUGUGUCGCAUUCGAUCCCGACCUGGUCAAGGCCGGGAGGAAGGCGCUGGCGAUGGCGAUGGAAGCGCUGGUGUGGUUCAUGCGGGGCCGAGGAAGCAUGAAGAAGCGGGCUUUCGACCGAGAGGACAUCUUUUCCGUCUUUGCUGAUCCCCGCUCGACUGCUUUCGCGGAUCUUCAAGGCGAGAUGGCGGUCUGGGACAAUGUCGGGCUGACCAUCUUCCGCGGCUCAACCUACUGCUUCGAUACGUGCUGGAUCGGGGCUACGAUGAUUGUCUACGAGGGGGAGGGCCGAGACAUGAAGGUAUGGGUUCAGAAGCGGAGUGCGCAUACUUCUUAUGGAGGCAUGCUCGACACUACUGUCGGUGGCGCGGUAGAGACCGAGAGGACCGCCUGGGAGGGCAUGGCCAAGGAAGCUGAGGAAGAGGCCAACCUCUCCGAAAGCAUCAUGAAGGAGUACGCACGUUUCGUUGGGACGCUGAACUUCCAACUCGACCCCAAGACAGUGCCCAAGCCUCUCGUACACUUGUGCUUUGAUCUCAGGCGUCCCGAGCCUUCAUUCUCCGAUUACGCAGCCACUCAACCUCAGAUCUGCGACGACGAGGUGGACUGCUUCAUUCCCAUGUCAAUUCCGGAGAUCCAAGAAAGCCUCCAGCAGCGCAAGUUCCAGCAAUCUGCCGUGCCCGACCUGAUCUUCUUCUUGUUUCGCCACGGCUUCAUCACCCGCGAGAAUGAGCCGCAGAUCGACGAAAUCAUGGCGCGAUGUCAGCGGGAGCAUCAUGUGGCAUUCCCGCACCGCCUCACCGAGAUCGACCGAGUUUGGCAGUGA